CCUAAAAAGUGGUUAUUUCACAAAGGCUGCUCAUCUAUUUACUUUCAGCGUUAUUUCACUUUGGUGUACGUGUUCAAUGUUACUCUUUGUUGGUAAAUAGUCGGAAUUCGACUGAACUUUAUUCGGUCGUGCGAGUGGGGCAAGAACGCCCAGAAUUGGAAUUGCAACCACUUGCUACCGCAGCAGUUGGAAAUUUGAGCCUCUUUCGAUAGGCCUGGAUCCCUGUUCAAACAACCUCUCGGGACUUGCAUGAAAACAACAAUAGGCUCACCCGAAACUGUUUGAAUGGAGCAGUGUGAGAGUGCCGCCUCUCUCCUGGCCUCCGUGCGGGAGCAGGAGAGGCAGUUUGAGCGUCUGACUCGAGCCUUGGAGGAGGAGAGGAGUUGUGGAGGCACCCUCCCACGCCCUCUCCCCGCCCUACAGAACGGGCGUGUUUCUUGUGAUGCGGACAUAGAUAGGCUCACACUGAACGAGGGAUACAUCAACGGGACACACUACAGGAUGGAUCCGGGUCACGUCGUCGAGGAGACCUUCACCGUGGAGGAGGACCCUCAGGAAGCCCCGCCCAUCGUGUCUGUGGAGACCAGUGAAGACGGCACCACUCGACGCACGGAAACUACGGUGAAGAAGGUGGUGAAGACCACCACCACCCGUACAGUCAUCCCCUCUGUGUCCGACACCCUGUCCCUGGACGGAGGCGGAUCCGUGACGGGCAUGGGGGGUGGCUACCCGGGCCCGGUGGAGCGGUCCUACCGCCGGCCAGGCCCCGUGGACUACCCCACCAACACCGUGCCCCGGAACUACCAAUACGGGCCCCCGGCGGGCUACGAGGAGUACCGCGAGCUGCCCCCCACCAUCGGGGAGGCCUAUGCCAGCCUGAGCCGGGGGGCUCGCGUGGACGACCGCUACAGGCCCAUGGAUGGCUACCGGACCCUGGAUUCGGGCUACAGAGCCAUCAGCAGGAACCAGCUGGACCCUUACGCAGCUCAGCCGCAGGUGGGUCGUAUGGGCAGUGCGUUGGAGCUGUCUGGGAUGCAGCGCUUUGUCCCGGAUCCGUACGGGCUGGAGGACGACCAGAGGAGCCUGGGAUACGACGAGCCUGACUACGGCAUGGGACCGCCCAUCCACUACGGAACAGUACCCCGCAACGCCCCGCUAUACAACCACGGACCCCCUCGCAGGACCGGGAGCUAUGAGGGCACCCUGGACGGGGAUAUGAGUGGUGCCGGGGACAUGUACUACUAUGGGGGUGCCCCCCUGGCCCAGGGAGAGAGGGGCAGCCUGGCCUCGUUGGACAGCACCCUAAGGAAAGGCCCCGCCCCAGUUUCCUGGAGACAGCCUGAGUUACCGGAGGUCAUUGCUAUGCUUAACUACAGACUGGACCCUGUCAAAAGCAACGCUGCCGCAUACCUGCAGCACCUCACCUUUAAGAAUGACAAGGUGAAGUCUGAUGUGCGUCGCAUGAAAGGGAUCCCCGCUCUGGUGUCAAUGUUGGACAACCCCAAGAAGGAGGUGCACCACGCCGCCUGUGGAGCACUCAAAAACAUCUCGUACGGACGAGACCACGACAACAAGGUCGCCAUCAAGAACUGUGAUGGAGUCACCGCCCUUGUCAGGCUGUUGAGGAAGACCCGAGACCAGGACCUCACUGAUACUAUCACAGGGACGCUGUGGAACCUGUCGUCUCACGACUCGGUGAAAAUGGAGAUCGUGGACCACGCCCUGCACGCUCUCUCCGACGAGGUGAUGGUGCCCCACUCGGGCUGGGAGAGGGGCCACGAAGGCGGAGGAGGCGAGGAGAACCUGAAGCCGCGUCACCUGGAGUGGGAGGCGGCCCUCACCAACACGGCCGGCUGUCUGAGGAAUGUGAGCUCAGAGCGCAGUGAGGCCAGGAGGAAGUUAAGAGAAUGCUCAGGAUUGGUCGACUCGCUCAUGUACAUCGUCCAGUCCCAGAUUGACCGGAAAGAAGUGGACAGCAAGCUGACAGAGAACAGUGUGUGUCUGUUGAGGAAUCUGUCUUAUCAGGUUCACCGGGAGAUACCGGGCGCUGAGCGUUACCAAGAGACUGCCCCCGUCAACCAGGGACCCGCCCCUUCCUCCGGAAAGACCCGCCGUUUCAGCUCCCGCAGGGGCAAAGACGAGUGGUUUUCUAAAGGGAAGGACGACGGGACCGAUAUGAUUGACAUUCCGAAGCGGACCGCACCUGCCAAAGGCUAUGAGUUGCUGUUCCAGCCAGAGGUGGUUCGUGUCUACACCUCCCUGUUGAAGGAAAGCAAGAACCCCACCGUGCUGGAAGCCUCUGCCGGCGCCGUGCAGAACCUGUGUGCCGGACGCUGGACGUAUGGCCGCUACAUCCGAGCCCUGUCACGUCAGGAGAAGUGUCUGCCCAUCAUGACGGAGCUGUUGGCCCACGGCAACGACCGGGUGGUCAAGGCUAUGUCCGGGGCGCUGAGGAACCUGGCCAUCGACUCGCGCAACAAAGACCUGCUCGGAAAGCACUCGGUGCCCAACCUGGUUGCCAACUUGCCCGGCGGCGGUCAGAGCCAGCCGGUCCGGGCCCUGACGGAGGAGACUGUGGUGUCGGUACUGAGCACGCUCCAUGAGAUCAUGGGCUCAGGCCUGGAGGCGGCCAAGAACCUCAGAGCCUCCCAGGGCAUCGAGAGACUGGUGCUCAUCAACAAGGAUGGGAACCGGUCGGACCGCGAGGUGCGCGGCGCCGGCCUAAUUCUCCAGAUGGUGUGGGGACACAAAGAGCUGAGGAAGACCCUGGAGAAGGACGGCUGGAAGAAGACCGACUUCAUGGUGAACCUCAACCCGUCGAAUAACACCCAGCCUCGGGCCAACGGGGGCUACGAGGACAGCACCAUGCCGCUCAUAGACCGAGGAGGCGAUAAGCGAGAUAAAGACAGAGACUUGAUUCCACUAAAUGAUAUGGGACCAGAUGCCUAUUCCACCCUGGACCAGAGGGGGAGGAGCAACACUCUGGAUGAAACACUGGAGCCUGCUGACAAAGACGCAGCACAGGGAGGGGUUUAUGAUGAGAGACGGGCCUCUGUGCCUCUUCUGGACUCUUACGACGAAAAACUGAUUGUGUGCCUCGCUAGAGGAGAGCAGCCUCUUCCAGCAUACUGCCCUUGUUGAACCAUGGACACUGAGGGACCACCGAUUCUCCAAUAGGACUGGACUGCCUUUGUCUCUCCUUUCCCUCUACAUUACUUUUGCUCUCGUUCUUUCCUUAUCACCCAGGAUAUGUAUGUGACAUAAGCCACUUGCAUUACCUUCAGCUUUCCUCAACCUCCUGUCUCCCUCCCCCACUAUCUUACAUUCCUGUGUUUGAACUGACAGCCGGGUGUUUUGUCACUAAUGGAAGCCACACUAAGGACACCUUCCUCCCCUCAUCUUCCCAUGGACACGAUACUAUGACAAAAGAACCACUCCUCCAUAGAGUAACUUCUCCCACAACACUACACGGUUGUGAAUUCCUUUUGACCUCCAUCUUAAAGCUCCUCCCACAACACUAUACAAGCUCCCCCCACCACCACAGUAGGGACAGUUGAGACCUCAUAUCGGAAUUCGGAGCUGGGAACGUUAACCACAGUAGCAAAUCUUAUCAAAAGGAAACCGUUGAAAUGGGCUCUUGUUUUUUUUUACUUGAAUGGUUAAAUUUGCUUUUUAACUGACUGAAGAUUUCCAGUCAAGGUUCUUUCAUAUUGUAAUGACUAACUACCACUAAAACAUUUUUUUUCCUUUUACAAAUAAUCAGUAAUGUUUGUUCAUCAACCACAGUUGCUGUUGUCCUGGUUUUGCAUUGUGAUAACCACUGCUGAGGUGCGCUUCUGGGCACAGUGACUUACAUGUGCCAAACUAAACACGGCGAUGGCCUCUUAACACUUUACGGAACCUCCUCCUGGAAUGUCUGGCUGUUGACUAUGUUCAGAUGGAAGUUACGAGAGAGGUGCGGUGUUACCAAUGACUGAUAACCUUGUUUUAAGUCAUUGGUAAUGCUCAGCAAUUAGGUCCCUUUCUUAGCUCCCAUCUUGAUCGAAUGAUGUCUGUGAAGCUUUGUGAGAAAAAUACCCAUUUGGUUGUUAAUCCAGUGAGUAAUUUUUUUCUUUUUUUCUUCUAUCUGCAAAUAUAUGGUAUAUAUAUGAAUGUGUAAAUACAGUGUGUGAUUGCCUUUAACUAAACGUUUUUGUGGCUAUUGGAUGACUGGAGUGCCUCACCUGACGGUCAAAUGGGUGAAUCGGUGUGUGGGGGGGGGGGGGGGUACCUUUCACCUGGGAAUAUCAUUUACUAGCCACAACAUUCUAGAAAACUGCAUCUGAGUGGAAUGUAUAGAACCGUUUUGUGUUCCACAUAAUAACACAAAGGAAUGUAUACAGUUGCUAUGAUUGGAUUAUUGAUCAGAUGGAACCAAAAGGGAGCCAUGCUAGUUCUUUUCAGUUAAUUCCAUGUUAGACAGGCAACAUUCUGGAGUGUUCCGGCCUACUGAAUGUACCCCUGGUUUUUCGUUCACUGUGCCUGACUGGUUUGUGCAGUGAGACCACGGCACACUAAGUGAAAGACGAAAGGACGGAGUCCUUUUAGGACAGAGCUGUACCGUAGACGGCAUUGUUCUCAGUGCAGAGUAGAUGUAGAUAUUUUCUGAGUGGCUCAUUAAAGCACUAGGGGAGAAGGCUUUUAUUUCUUUUCUUCAUGCCAAUCCAACACUACGAAUUGUCACAGGCUCCGAAAUGUAAAUUAGUUGCCUUACCAGAUACAGGCAUUGAAUGACAUGAUUCUAAAGAACUGAUUCUAGAACUAAUGAUAAAAGGUCCAUUGGGAAGGAGGGCGGGAAGUGGCAGGAGAGCAAGAAGGCAAGUAAGGGGAAAGACCAGAUUAAGAUUCUAGCUAAUUAGAUUACGAAAAAAUUAAAGCACAUUUACAUAUAUAUAUAUAUAUAUAUAUAUAUAUAUAUAUGAGAAUAUUUGUUAAUUUUAAUGGUUUUAUGUUUUUCUUCGAUAUUUUAUGAUUUGGGAUUGUUUUGUGGGUAUUGUGGGUGAACGCAUAUGCAAUCAGUUUUAUUUUUUAAUCGAGAAACAUUUGCGGUUUAUAUCUUUUAAUUAAAAAUAAAACAAGCAACAAAAAAAGCGAACUGUCUCCUCAAACAAUGGUUGGUAUUCCUGAUUUCUGUUGGUCUCCAGACUGUUGUUGGACCACUAAUCUAAAAAGUGAUUGUGGAUGAAAACCUUAAUCUCUUCUUUGCCUUGGCUCUUAAAGUUGCACAUUUCUCUCCUGAAUGGAUGUAACUAGCAAUACUGUUUCUAAUAAAAAACGUGAUUUUU